CUCUCUGCUAGUAGUCGUAAAAAAGAACAAACCUGUGGGCUGUUGAAUAUUUACAAGUCGAACGAUUUGAGGUUAUCUGUAUUCGCAAGCGAGUUUGCAAUGUUUAAAUAACGAUGAAAGUGGUCGAGGCAUUAUAUAAAUAAAAUAAUCGUGGAAUUACGGCGCGUUUUUUUUAAUUGCAUCGAAAGAUCAAAAAAAUGGCCGAGAUAGAUAUUUUUGACAGCAACGAGGAGCAAUUGCCUCAGAAUCUUGGCGACGAUGUCGUUCAAGAAGUUUUGAAGACCGGCACCGAUCUACGUCAAUAUUCCAGACAAAUCGAAAAGGAACUCAAGGAAGUCGAGAACAAGUCGAUCCAGGAUUAUAUCAAGGAGAGCCAGAACAUAGCUAGUCUGCAUAAUCAGAUUGCUGCUUGCGACAAUAUCUUGGAGAAAAUGGAAUCAAUGUUGAUGAACUUUCAGUCAGAUUUAGGAAGUAUCAGCUCUGAAAUACUUUAUUUACAGCGUAAAUCUGUUGCUAUGAGCCAGCAAUUAUCUAAUAGACAAGUGAUACGUGGCCCGCUUAGUCAAUUUAUCGAGGAUAUGACAGUAUCUGAAGCUCUGAUCGCAGGUAUCAUGGAUUGUCCUGUGACUGAGAAGGAAUUUCUAAUUCAGCUACAAACCCUAAAUCAUAAAAUUAAUUUUGUAAAAGAGCAAAGUUUUAAAGAUGCAAAGUCUUGUCUAGAUGUGACAGAUAUUCUAGAGAAACUAAAGCUGAAGGCAAUGGCAAAGAUUAGGACGUAUUUACUAGAGCAAAUUUAUAAAUUUAGGAAGCCGAUGACAAAUUAUCAGGUGCCACAGAACAACAUGCUAAAAUAUAAAUUUUUCUUCGAGUUUGUUCUGGCGAAUGAAAGAAAUGUGGCAGAGGAAAUCUGUGGAGAAUAUAUUGAUACUAUGAGUAAGAUAUAUUAUUCAUAUUUCAAGUCUUACUCCUCAAGGUUGAUGAAAUUACAGUUUGAAGAAAGAGCAUCAAAGGAUGAUUUAAUGGGAAUCGAAGAUACAGCAAGUAGAGGUAUAUUUCAUAAAACAACAUUAAAGCACAAAGGGACUGUUUCAAUAGAUAAAAGAGGUGAAGUUUUGUCCUCUCAAUUGGAAGCACCUAUAAUUGUACCACACAUUGCCUCCAAGACACGAUAUCAUUAUGAAGCACUAUUUCGAAGCGAACAAUACGCUUUGGUUGAUAAUGCUUGCCGAGAAUAUCUAUUUCUAAUUGAGUUUUUCAAGGCCCGUAAUACACAAGCAUUAGAUAUUUUUAAUCAAGUCAUGGGAAAAACAUUAGGCCUCAUGAUGAAAAAUUUGCAGUCAUUUGUUGAUGAUUGUUAUGAUACAAUUGCUCUAUUCCUUUGCUUACAUUUGGUAAUGCGUUAUCAAUUAAUGUGUCACAAAAGAGCUGUACCAGCAUUGGAUAAAUAUUGGGAGACUCUAACAAACAUAAUUUGGCCUAGAUUUGAAAUGGUGUUUCACUUAAAUAUACAGAGCAUAAAAGAUUGUGAUCCAUUAAAAUUGAACAAAGAAACUGGUCCACAUUAUAUUACUAGAAGGUAUGCAGAAUUUAGUGCAGCAAUGGUAAGCGUAGUCGAGGGAUUCCCUUGUGAAGGAGCAACUCAGUUACUAGCGGAACUGAGAGAAGCUGUACAAUUCUUCUUGUUUAGAAUGGCAGCUAUCUUCCAAAACCGAAUGCAGCAAUUAAUAUUUCUUAUCAAUAAUUACGAUCUGGUGCUUGGAGUAUUAAUGGAGAGAACACGAGACAAUUCCAAGGAAGCGGAGAGCUUCCGAGAACAAUUGAACGCACGUUCCUCUGAGUUUGUUGAAGAAGUCUUGAGCCCACAUUUUGGUGGUAUAAUUCAGCUGGUGAAGGAAUCGGAGGCCCUAAUCGAAAAGGGCCAAGCCGACGAUUUGAAACGACAGGAAGGGAAAGCACUGGCUUUGGUGCAAUCUUUCACGAACAAUUGGAAACGAGCGUUAGAAGAGAUACAUCGGGAGGUAUUAAAGUCGUUUCCCAAUUUAGUGCUGGGCGGUGCAUUAGUUCAACGCGCAAUGACGCAAUUGGUGCAAUAUUAUCAUCGUCUUCACAAGAUCCUGCCGCCGAAUGCGCGUACGCAACUUACAAAUAUCCAUCACAUAAUGGUGGAAAUUAAAAAAUACAAGACGAAUUAUUAGGCAAUUGAGAUCUGAUCAAGUUGAUUCAAAUCUAAAAGAUGAUCAAAGUAUAAGCUAGCUACUUGUUAUAAAAGAAUCUCCGAAUACUGUAUAUAGUGUAUUUUACUAUUAUAUAUUAUGUACAGUACUAUUUCAAAGUGAUAAUUAUUUAUUAAAGAAAGAUAUAAUUUUUGCUUUAUUAUCAAGUAUUCUUUCGUGGAAGGAAAAUCGGAAGAGUAUUCUUGUAAAUAUAAUUCGCAGAGAGAAAUAAAUUCUGUACAUUUAUUUAUAAAAUAAUACAAGCUACAAAUAAAAUGCUAAGCACACACAUGAUAUCGCGUUCACAUUCUAUACAAUAGCGAUUAAUUCUGCGUACUCUUAUGCAUAUGGUACGAGUACAUGGAAUCUCUGUAUUGUGUGUACGCCUAUCUUAUAUGUAUAUAAAUUAGUAUAUGUAUACAAUGUUAAAAAUGGGGUCUCGUUACUUUUUCCUUAAAUUUCGCGACACCUAUGGCAUAAAUUCAAUUUAUUGGUGAGUGAAUCCAAUUGCGACGCGGGGCGAGUAUGUAUAUUAUGCAAAUAUAAUGAUACUAAUUACUCUGAUAUCUAUUGCUAUGUGCAUUCUCCCUCUCGCACUUGUGUAAAAAAAUUAUGUUUACCAUACGUCCUUCGAGAAUUGUACAUAAAUGUUACAUUACAAAUGAUAUAUCACCUGCGUGAUUGCAAUCUAUGCUGCAAUUCAAUAUCGUCGAUUCAUACGCACCGUUCAAACCGUAGAUUUACAGAACUCCGUCAAUAGCGUGCAAUACUCCAUUCGUUGCUGGCACAUUAUGAGUUACAACGUGUGCCUCGUUUACCCGCACUCGCCCUGAAGCAAUAAUAUAUGCAUUAUAUAAAAAUCUAUUUCAUUUAUCCAAUGUCAUUAAUCUUCUAAACAUUGCAUAACAUUUUUACGAACACUCAAUCGAAAAUCUAAUAGGCAAAGUUUACUGUUACGAUGCUAUAGUUGUGUAAGAGGAAUAAAAUAGUUAUACACUCAUAAA